AUGAGUUGUCGAGAACAGUUUCGAACACCAACGCCUCCUCUCAACGCCUUCUAUGUCCACCAUCACUAUAACUAUUGCUUCAUUCUCUCCAUUGCUCCCUUCGUUUCAUUUUGUCUCAACCAGGGAAAGGCGACGAUUGAGAAGUGGAGGGUUCGUACUUGUUUGGAUACAUCUUAUAUCAUUGCAAUGAAUCAUUUGUUGAGAGAAGAUCAUCUUCUACGAAUUUGUGACACACCUUUCAGGUGGUGUGUGUAUCUACGUGAAAAGGUGGACAUAAACUGUGAGUUAAUUAAGGUGAUGGAAGGUGUUGGAGUUGUUGAUGAAGAAGGUUUAGAUGAGGAAGGUGUUGGAGUUGUUGAUGAAGAACCUUGUGGUGGUGAAGAAGGUGNUGGAGGAGUUCNUGAAGAACCUUUAGGUGAAGGUGUUGGAGGAGUUCAUCAAGAACCUUUAGGUGGAGCUUCCAAUGAAGAACUUGUGGCUGAACUUGAAGAAGAAGUUCAAAAGGUUGUUGAAAUUGUUGAACUUGUUGAAUAUGGACAACCGCAUGCACCGCAACCAAUGGCAAUCGAACCUCUGCGUGCAGUUGCUGGUGAUCCAAGGCCUAGCAUCAAUGCUGAGCAACUCUACAUUGCCGUUAGCGUAAGGGAUAGACCACACAGGAUCGUCUGUGAAAUAAUUGGGCAGUCAUUGAGCACAACAUCUAUUCAAACCUUAGGUCCUCGCGAACUGGUUGAUAACAUGUUGGUGCUAUUUGCAACGACUGUAUUUAUGCACUUUGAGAAAAGGAGGACGGGGGUUGUGAAGAGGAUCCUUUUUAGUUCGUUAUAUGCGGACCUUAUAAUUGCUGAUUAUUUGAAGAAGGACAAAAACCGUCGUGUGUUUAGUGCCCAUAAUUACANCAGUUGUUUGCGUGCGGGACACUUUAGCCUUGCAGACAUUCCAACAGCUGACUUUGUAAGUGAGGUUUUGUUUUUUCUUUGUAUGUCGUGCAAUGUGAUAUAUAGAAAAUGUUGAAUUUUUAACUUUGUUUUUGUUGGUUUGUAGNUGUUUCUUCCUUUUUGCCAUAAUUAUCAUUGGUGGUGCUAUGUUGUAAAAAUUAGCACAUUGGAAUUAUAUAUUAUUGAUUCUAUGGCGAAGGGCGUAAGAGACCGCAGAAGGAUUGACAUUCAUGUGGUAUGUGUUAGCCAAUUUCAAUUUUGUUAUUGAGUUCGACGUAAUAAUGUAUUGGUUAGGUCUAAUACUUAUUUUGAGUUUGUAGGCUGCAAACCUUGCCAGAUUUUUUUGCAUGUUGUACAACAAACCGGAAGGGAGUAUUGCUCCUUUGAGUUUUGUACAAACAAAAAUUCCUUC